CGCCAGUGCCUCCUGUGCGCCCCAGAGAGGAGCCCCGUCGCCUGGACACUGGCUGGGAUGAGUGAGCGAUGAAUAACGUGAAUCUUAUGAAUGGCGGAAAACAGAACUUCCCGAGCACAAGGUUUUGCGUGCUUGUUCAACGGUUCAUUGACCCCUGAAAUGGAUAUCGCUUGUCUGUUUUAACGUGGUUUUAAGUGCACGCUGUUCAUCAAAGCAUGGCCAAUAACACCAAGUCAGUGCUUGUGUCAGAAGUCGAAUGAAAACUCAUCCCGCCCGUUCACGCCGCAGCCAGGAUGGAGGAGGAGGUGACGUGCAUCGUGUGCUCGGAGCUGUACACCAGAGGGUCGCGAGAGCCAGUCGUCCUGCCCCUCUGCGGCCACACCUUCUGCAGGCCGUGUCUGUGCAACCUGGAGAACACAGGGCGCCUCAGCUGCCCCACCUGCAGGCAGACCUACGUCGGACCGCCCAUUGACCAGCUGCCCACCGUCUUCGCUCUGCUGAGUCUGUCCGAACACUUCAAGAAGUCCGAGGGCCACGGGUGCCAGAGACAUGGGUCGCCGGUAGAGUUCUGGUGCCGCAGUUGCCAGCUCCCCCUGUGCGGCCACUGCCUCCUCGAGGAGCACGUCAAGGACGGCCACAAGGUCGUGCGCGGAACGGACUUCAUUGCAGAGCGCAAGGAGCAGAUUCUAAGCGAGUGCACGGUGCUCAUCCAGGAGAUAAGCAACAGGAAGGGCCACUGCGUGAACAGGUUCAGCGAGUGGACGGCGCAGAUCAUCGCGGGGGUCGAAGAGAGCGCUGUGCUGUGGAACUCCACCCAGAAUGCCCAGAACAUUAUGACUGAUGUCGUCCACGCAACCAACAUCGAAUCUAUUUUGGUGUCGUCUUCGAUGCUCGGAAGUCUUCGAGAGGAAGUCAUGAGAGCGGCGCAGAGAGACACAAGGACAAGGACUGCGAGCGACCGCUCUUUGAGAUGCAGCUCCUGCAGCGAGGUGGAUUCUGCCUCUCCCCUCGGCCUCCUGCGUCAGGAAUCUUCCCCGGACGUGGAAUAUCAAGAGACUGAGUUCGAAGAGACCGAGCAGACUACCGCCCCCGAAGAGAACACUCUUAGUCCUGCAACUCCAACCUCGGACGCCGUUCUGCCUGAGGACAAGACGGACAGCUCGUCCGAUUCCCCCCUGGCGCGGCAGGAUAGCCUGGGGAACGGGCCUCUCGUAGCAAGACAGAUCAGCUCCACGAGCAGCACGGGCCGCGAGAUUGGCCACACCCCGAGGGACUCUGGUGUGAUGAACCUCCUCGGCCCAGUCCCUUGGCCGCUGAAGUGCUGCGUGGUGGGUCCGGGCGGGAGGAGAGGAAAGCUGAGAUGGGAGGGCGGCCGCCUUCACAUGUACGCUCUCGGAGAAGAUAUAGAAGAACCACACUUCAUGGUACAGAUGUCCGUCCUGCAAUACUUGGUGCCAGAGGACUACCAAGAGGUUUUCCUCGUGUUGGAGACCGAGGGGCGGUGUCUCGGCCGUGUCUACAUCCGCCUGUGGGGUCGAAUCCGCCGCGCCCAGCACUUCCUCGCUCUCUGCCUGGGCUCCCUGGGGCCUUCCUAUCGCAGGAGCAAGUUCCACGGCGUGGCCAAGAGAGGGGCGCCGGGAGAGACGCUGGCCGGAGGCAAAUACCUGACUCCCGAAGGCCUGACCAGCGUCCAGGCGCUCGCGGGACACCUGGAGUGGGGCGGCGAGCACAUCAAGGAGAAGAAGCGCGGCCUCGUGGUGGGCGCCAACGCGGGCAAGCCGGAGUUCGACGCCUUCUUCCACAUCUGCAUGAAGGACCAGCCCGGAAGGCGGUUCGCCUGCGCCUUCGGAGAGGUCGUGCAGGGCAUGGAGGUCCUCCACGCCGCCGUCACGCACCUGCGCAACAACGACGUGACGAUCAGCGACGUGGGCGUGGUCUUGGCUUCCACGGCGCCCUAAAGCCACGUGCCAGGAAUGAGCAGACGCGGUGACGGCAGUUCGUGUAGCGACGCAGCCAGAGUCCCGGCGGCGGAGGACACGGGAGGACGAAACAGACACGGGAAGCGCGUGGAAGAUAAGGCGCGUCUCAUUAGAAGAUCGAGGGAUAAGACAAAGGCGCAGCGACGAAAUGACAUCCGCAUUUCGCGCCAUUUCUUGAAAAACAUAUCCUCUUUAGAUGAAUGUGAAUUAGCUUCUUUUCUUCUCAUGUACUAGCUAGCAUCUUGCUUGCCAUAGCUUUUAUAGACUAUUGAAAUGUAAAGUUACAUUUAUACACAAGCACGCACGCACACUCGCACACACACACAAACACACACACAUACACACACACACACACACACACACACACAUAUGUAUGUAUACAUAUACACAUUCAUGAUUACCACAUGAUAGACACAACCUUUACAUCUAUUGAAAUAUUCACACGGUGACUAUUACAGUACUGAAAGCAAGGUGAAAUAUUACGAUGUAAAUAACAAAUGAAUGAAAUUGAGCAUUCGCGCUUAAUGAGAAUGAAUCUCAGGUGUACAAGAGAGCAAAUCCUUUUUUCUAUUUUUUUACUUAUAAUUUCAUCACAUUUACAGCCACUUCGCAGUCGGUUUAAGCGUCUAGUAGUGACAACGUGUAACCAUAUGCACUGUAUAGAAACGCUAUUUGCUUACGUGAAUUACUGUACUGUCUCUUUGAGAUCUAGAAGCUUGGACCCCAAAGGACGGCUUUUAAAUAUCGCGAUAUAUUUCCGCAGGUUUUGAUAGCAGUUUAAUAGGCGUGCGGUGCUUGAUCUAUUUACUUAUAUCCAUACAAAUGAUUUUAUACGUACAUGCAUCUGUAUGGUUCAGUGGAUAAAGUGUGGUGUUUCA